AUGUCCACCCCCCUGACCAUCUCCAUCUACGACGUUGCCGUGCCGACAUUCACCAACGGGCUGCGAGCGCUCGCGCACAUCCUGCGCCAAGCCGAAGCGUUCGCCGAGAGGGAAGGGCUCGACGCAGACAGCGCGUUCGCGCAAGCACGCCUCGUCGCGGACCAGAAUCCACUCAUCUUCCAGGUCCAGAACGCCACCAAGACGGUGCGGGUUAACGUCGACCGGCUGGCCGCGGGCGGGACCGUCAGCGAGCCGUUCGCCGACACGGAGCAGACGUUUGCCGACCUGCAUGCGCGCAUCCGCGCCGCGCUGGACUUGGUCAGGGGCGUCGAGCCUGCUGUGGCGAAUGCUAGGGCCGGGGAGGUCGUUGGUUUGUUCGCUGGUGGCAAACCCGUCCAGCUUACGGUGCAGCAAGCGGUGCUAGGCCACGGGAUCCCCAACUUCAUCUUCCACAUCACGACGGCGUACUCGAUAUUGCGGGCCAAGGGCGUGCCGCUGGGCAAGGCCGACUUUAUUUGCAGCUUUGUGGGCCUCUGAGCAAGUUCGUUUUUAACCAUGAGAUGCACUCACAUUCGUGGAGACCGGCGGAGGUAUUUCUGAACGAUUAGACCAAAAAUGAAGUUUAUUGUUAAUAUAUCUC